AUGGUAAAUACUGUCAAUUUACCUGCUCAUUUAGUGCCACAAGCAUUUAUGAAUCAACAGGAGGAUCAUAAUCACAAUGACUAUAGUAAUCAACCGAAUUUAGAGCAGCAACAGGAGCAGACGCAACACUAUCAUCUGUCAAACCUGAGUCCUCAGAAGAGGCAAGAAGUACACCCGACUUCAUUUCAACAACAACAAUUACAACUGCAGCAACUACAACUGCAUGCAAAUAAUUCACCACACAAACCCAGUCAGUAUCCACUUCGUACGCCUGACUAUCCUCAACACCAGCAGUACCCGAAACAACAUGCACAACAUUCACAGCCAGUGCCAGGUGCACAUUAUCAAUCACCACAAAAAUACCCACCUCAACAACAAUAUCAGCAAUCUCAGCAGCCAGGUGCAUAUGGUGCUAUGCAUCAAAUUCAAGGUCCUCCAAGCCCCUAUUAUGCUUCAGGGUCCUCGACAAGUCACCCAACACCCCAGCAGAACCCCAACUAUCCUUCUCUAGAGCCUACGCGUCGUAAUCAAUCAUGGACAUCACAGACCGGAUCAAUCUCAACGUUGGACCCAUACGGCAAUGGACGACCAGCAAACUUUAGCUUAGCAGAAAACGAUCAACCAGGUCUGCAACAGUCCCAACCAUAUUACACGAAUCAAGGUAUACCUGAUCAAAACUACAAUCAAAAUUUCAACCAGAGGCCAACAAAUGGUUCCUUUGACGCUUACAAUCAACCUCAGUACGAUGAAAAUGCAGGCCAGGCUGCUCAAUACGCAAAACCUUCCAACAGGUCAGCACUGUCAUUGACAUACGAAGCUAACCUGCAAUUUCAAGGAAGUGGAAAGGGCAGUACGAAUAUUCCCUAUCCUGUAGACAAUCAAGUUCCGGGGCACCCAUCACUUCACCCUACAAUUCAUGAGCAGUCAGAACAAUACACACCUGCACCGAAGGCUCGAAAAGCGCCUACAACAAACUUGCCACCGAUUCAAACCGACCAAAUGUAUAAUAACUUUGAUAACAGGAGGAUUGUUUCCUCUCCUCACCAUCAACAAGCACCUCGUCAUGUAAAUCAAGAUGCACGAACAAAGUCCUUGUCGUCAAGUUCGUCGAGAUUCAAAAGUGCGCAGCAACUACAACACAAUCAGAUGCAUAAUAAUCAUGACCAGUCGAAUAAUACUCGUCCUUUAUCUGGUGAAAGGGGAGGCUCAUCAACUUCGUUGCAUCACACGUUUUCACUUUCGUCAAAGUCACGUUCGUUUAGUUCCAUUAGUAAAUUUUCGUCAUCGUUAUCAACAAAGAAGUUUAACUCAUCCUCAUCAUUAGGUAAAGCGGACCGAACAAGCAACGCAAGCUCAAAGACUAUGGUUCCUAUGCACCCCAGUUCAAAUGCAGUAGUUUAUCCUGCAAUCUUGUCGGAAGUUGCCAAAGUUUUUAAAGAGGCAAUCAUUUUAACAAUCAAUACAAAAGAUGGAUUAGAGUACCACGACACUUUUACUGGUAAAAUGGCAGUUGAUAUAUUGUGUCGAGUCAUAAAAACAAACGAUCGAAACUUGGCACUUUUGUUGGGAAGGACAUUGGAUGCGCAAAAGUUUUUCCAUGAUGUUACUUAUAAUCAUCGUUUGCGUGAUUCAGUUCAUGAAGUAUACGCAUUUUCGCAUAUCUAUAAUGAUGUUGACUUUUAUAAUGAGGAUGGCUCGAUCAGCAACGGGAACAAUAGCAAUGCGCCAUCUAAGCAAGGAUCGUUUAGUGACAGCCUUCAGUUACAACAAGCUAUCCAAGAAAACUUUUUAGCACAGCAACUCCCACAACAUGUUAACCAACCAUCAUCGGCAGAGUACAUAAACUCUGGUCCUUUGGCUAGUAACAGAUUAAGCGGUGGUAACAAUGCCUCUGUAGCCGGAAAGAAGCUAACUGCAACACAACAAACUGGUGUCAAUGGUGUUUUUACCAUUUUGACUGAUUGCUAUUCUCCGACAUGUAGUAGGAAUCACCUUUGCUAUAGUAUAGCAUGUCCCAGGAGAUUGGAACAACAAGCUAGACUCAAUAUGAAACCACAGGGUGGAUUGAAGCGAGCUGUGUCGAGACUCUCAUUGCACGAUCAGGAGGAAAAUGAGACCUUAUGGCACAAGACUGUACCGCAAUCUGUGUUGGAUAGAUUAGACAAGCAUGAAAAGACCAGACAGGAGUUGAUUUAUGAAUUCAUCUAUACCGAACGUGAUUAUGUGAAGGAUUUGGAGUUUAUGACUGAUUUUUACAUUAUGCCGUUGAGAAACCCGGCAAAUAAUAUAAUUCCAGAGCAUCAAAGAGAAAUCUUUAUUCAAACCGUGUUUGGUGGUGUUGGCGAUUUGCUAAGGUUGGGAAAGGGUUUUAGUGAAGCGUUGACAAAGAGACAACAACAGCAAAAGCCAGUUAUUGAAACUAUCGGCGAUGUAUUUCUAGACCAUGUUGGCAAUUUUGAACCAUUUAUUAGGUACUCGGGAAAUAAGGUGUUUGCGACGUUUGAACAUGAGCGUCAGCAACAGGUGAAUAUCAAAUAUGCGCGAUUCCUCGAUGCCAUUGAAAAGAAGCCAGAGUCUAGAAGACAAGAUUUGUCAUCCUUUUUGAUCAAAGGUGUCCAAAGGCCAGCAAGAUACCAGUUAUUGUUGGCGGGGAUUUUGAAACAUACCAAGCCGGAAAGCCCAGACUACAAGUAUCUUGUAAAAGCAAAAGAAGAGAUAGAGGCGCUUUUGGUCAAGAUCAAUGUACAAACUGGUGAGAGUACUGAUCGUCAUAAAAUUAUGGUUUUGCAUAGACUCUUGGGUAAACAAACGUUGGAAAACAAGUUCAAUUUCAAAUUGUCGUACAAUAACCGUAUUUUGUACCAAGUUACGUUAAACAGGAAGCGGGACAAUGAAAAGAUUGAUUUAUAUUUAUUUGAGCACGCAUUAUUGUUGGUGAAGCACAAGAUUCAAAAUAAACGAGAGCAACAUAAAGUGUUUGAGAAGCCGAUCUUAUUGCCACUAUUGUUUGUCAAUAGUGGAUUUGAAGCACCAACUAAUAGAACCUUGAUGAAUUUCAGGUACAAUGUGUCGCUUGUUUCCGACACCAGUUUGAAAAACCAGAGGACUGAGAGUAGUAACUAUAUUGGAAACACUUUGUCUUCAAACAAUGCCAACAAGUUCCAAUUGAAUUUCCUUGGGUUGGGAAGGAAUCAAGUACAUGUUCCGUUAUUUGCUGAAGACCUGACUAUCCAGAGUCAAGUGUUGCAACAAAUUGCACAACAACAAAGAAAGUUAAUUGACGCUAAUGACUUGUUUUCCAUGAGUAAGUAUGAAACAAGACGAUUUACUGGGAAUAAUAAGAUCAACUGUGCUGUGCCAUGUUAUGGUGGCAAGAAGUUGUUGUAUGGUACCGAUUCUGGUGUAUGGGUGAGUACUGUGCGUUCGAUUAGCACUACAUCAAACGAAAAGAUUUGUUCUGAUCCCACAUUGGUCAUAUCAAAGCCUUAUGUUACUCAAGUUGAAGUGUUGGUUGAAUAUUCGAAAUUGCUAGUCUUGAGUGAUAAAGCGUUGUAUGAGUUUGAUCUUGCAUGCACUGAUUCAUUAGACCAUAUGAAAAAUACAAAACUGGGCAAGUUGAUCAUGACGCAUAUUUCGUUUUUCAAAUAUGGUGUGUGCGACGGCAAGUUGUUAAUCAUUGGUGCCAAGACAGGAUCCCAGCAUUCAAUCUGCAUAUUUGAGCCAAUUAACCCGUUUGACCCUAAACAAAAGAAUCGUAAUAAGAACAAAAUUGAAAUACAAGAAAUACCAUUUACAUCUGAUCCAAUUUCCAUAUCUUUCAUGAAGAGUAAAUUAUGUAUUGGAUGCACAAAAGGGUUUGAAAUUUUGUCGCUUCAAUCAGGUAACAAGGAACCAAUCUUAGAUGAAGCUGAUCCAUCACUAGAUUUUGCAACCCAACGAGAAUCAGUGACACCGUUAGUCAUCCAUCGGUUAGGCAAGGAUGUAUUAUUAUGUUAUUCUGAGUUUGUGUUUUUGAUCAACAAGAAUGGGUGGAGAACUAACCAUGAUUGGGGAAUAUUUUGGGAAGGCACUCCACAAAAUGUGGCGUUGUUCUUUCCUUAUUUGCUAUCAUUUGAACCUGGGUUUAUCGAAAUUAGAGAUUUACAUACAACUAACCUCAUUCGUGCUUUGGUGGGGGAGAAUAUCCGAUUCUUACAUUCAAAUGAGCAUGAAGCAAUGUUUGCUUGUGAGGAAAGAGGAUAUGACAUUAUAAUUUCGAUUGAUUUCCUAAAUUUAAAACCCAAAUCGCCAACGAUAAAAUGA